CCAAUAAAACACAAGGAUGAAGGACUUCCUAUCAGCGCAUGUGCAAUAUAAAAGCUGUCCAAUCUUUAAGGGAACUUGUUCACGCCUGGGUUAGAUCCAAAACUGGGCAAUUUAUUAGUAUAGUUUGAAUAUAGCUGCGGUUGGGAGCAUUUAGAGGGCAGGAAAGGUCGGUUCUACGUCUUAAAGCUCUAUAGGUUCCGCUGAGCUCAGGAGGAUCAUGCAGAGGGACAGCAACUGGUUCUGCACCGUGGUGGACAUGAAGAGCCAGGCUAGAUAUGUGUGCUACAGCCGCAGGAAGGAAGGAGGAGGAGGAGGAGGAGGAAGACUCUGUGUUAAUGUCUCCAUGUCCUGCAGUGUGACGGACGCAGCAGCAGUUUGGAGCGCGGUCUGCUCUGAGGACGUCCUGAAGCCGCAGGGACACAGGCCGACCCUGAAAUCCACAGAGGAUGACAUCCUGAGGUUCAGGACGUCGUGCCUCAGUGGGGAUGUGAGAGUUGUGGUUCAGCACAGCAGGGCAGCUCUUCAUGUGGGCUCCGGACCGGCCGCACUCAGUGUGACCCUCACCAGGAUGGAGGCUCCUCAGGCCACAGAGGAGCUCAAGGAGCUGCUCUUCACCAUGGCUGACACACUUUCACAGCUUGACAGUGGGAGCUCAGCUGUGAAUCCUUUCAAGAGCCUGCAGCGAUGCCCAGCAGAUUUGAAACCCCGACAGCAGCAGAACGGCGCUGCGUCUGUGUCUAAGAGGAGGCUUCCUGGGGCUUCACUGAUCAACCCCGGCACUAAGAAAAAGGUGCAAGCGACCGGCGUAGCCUUUGAUGAUGAAGAUGAAGUCUGAUUUGUUUUUAUUUAAUUUUUUAAUAUGUUUUAAAGAUGUCUAACUUUUGAGGAACUCAUCUUUUUAACCACUGUUGAGACGUUUACUCCAGACACACACACACACACACACACACACACACACACACAAAGGGA